UAUAUGUACGUACAUCCUCUUCUCAUUUCUAAGCUAGCCAAAGCUAUAGAUGGAUCACAGCCUUGCUAGUGCUUUCGGCAUAAAUGCCGGCAAAAUGAUCAUUUCGCAGAAGCCACCUACUACCACAUGUUGUUUUCCUAUACAUAUGGUUUGGCACAAACCAGCUGUUGCUGCUGGAAAUACGUGCGACAUCCUAAGAUCAGCAAGCAGGCACAAGAGUUUACAAUCCGUGUCUUGUCAUUCACAUGCCCCAGCUCCUGUUCCAGCUGCCGUGGAAGCGGCGGCAAGUUUUGAGCCCUCGGUGUGGGGCGAGUUUUUUAUCCACCAUGAACCACAACCACUGCAGAUAUCAGAGGAAUGGAUGAGAGAGAGAGCCAACAAAUUGAAAGAAGAUGUCUGCGGACUGUUUAUUAUGGCCUCAAAUGGCAUCUUGGAGAGGAUGAACUUAGUGGAUACAAUUCAACAUCUAGGAAUAGAUCACCUCUUUCAAGAGGAGAUUGACUCUGCACUAAAAGACAUCCAUGAAAAUGAUUUAGCUAGCUCUAAGCUGCAUGAGGUUGCUCUUCGGUUUCGCUUGCUUAGAGAGCAUGGAUUUUGGGUGUCUCCAGAUGUAUUUAACAAAUUCAAAGGUGAUCAUGGCACUUUCAAUAACGAAUUAUCAUUAGCCGAUGACCCAAGAGGCCUACUAUCUUUAUAUAAUGCAGCCCAUCUGUUCAUACAUGGUGAACCAGAACUCGUGGAAGCCAUUUCUUUUGCAAGGCACCAUCUCGAAUCAUUCAAUCGGCGUAAUGUUCUGAAGGCCCCUUUAGCUGAUCAAGUCAAGCGUGCCCUUCACUUGCCAUUGCCAAGGACACACAGGAGAGUGGAGAUGGUAUCAUACAUGUUUGAGUAUGGCCGAGAGGAUGGGCACAAUCCCGUUAUUCUUGAACUAGCAAAGCUGGAUUUCAACCUACUGCAGCGUGUUCACUUGAAAGAACUCAAGGAAAUAUCUAGGUGGUGGAAAGAUGUUUCUGGAUAUAUGGGUAUAAACCAUAUUCGAGACCGUGUGAUUGAGUGCUACACCUGGUCCUACGCAGUGUACCAUGAGGAAGAAAUGUCGUUUGCACGGAUGCUCUUUGCUAAGAUAGUUGUGAUAAUUGCCCUAUUAGAUGACACAUACGAUGUCCAUGGAUAUACCUCCAUCCAGGAAUGCCGGAUGCUAAACGCAGCCAUUCAAGGAUGGGAUGACAGUGCUGUCUUGCUUGUACCCGAGUACCUGAGAAAGUUUUAUGAAUUUAUCUUGCGCUGCUUUAGGGAGUUUGAGGAUCAAGUGCCAAGCAAUCAGAAGUACCUGAUUGCCUUCAGCAAGACAGAGUUACAAAGGUUGUCAAGUUAUUAUCUGGAAGGAGCCGAAUGGUCCCACCGGAAGCACAUGCCCAGCUUCAGCGAGCAGGUGGCUCUGGCGACAAUGACCACAGGAACACGGCCGCUGGCUGCUGGUUUAAUGGUUGGCAUGAGUGAGUCCAUGACAACGAAACAAGCGUACGAGUGGGCUGUGAAUAGCACUGACGCCAUCAUCUCAUGCGGGAAAACUGGCCGUUUCAUGAACGACAUUGCCGGAUUUAAGCUCGGGUCGCAGAACAAAGCUGACAUGCCAUGUUCGGUUGAGAGUUACAUCAACGAGCACAAGGUCACAGCCGAUGUCGCCAUCGCCAAGAUUAAUGAAUUGGUAGAAGAUGAGUGGAAAACAACUAACCAGGCUCGCAUUGACCACCGUGAUGUGCUCCCUGUGGUGCAGCGCCUUAUCAAUAUAACCAUGGCCAUUCCAUUGUAUUACAGCGAUGGAAUUGAUGGAUUCACGUUCGGCGAGGGCAUUCAGGAGGUUCUUGAGAAACUCUACGUCAAGCCCAUUCCCUUAUAGACACAAAUUAAUUUGUUGAUGGAGCAAUCCAUCUCUGCCCAUAUUGUGCCAUAUAAUUUAUAUUCCUUUUUUUGUGUGUGAUUCUAUACUUUGUAUUAACUCUCAAGGUUGGCACCGAUGAAAUCUCUUCAUCAGUGCAAGGACUUGAGAUAUUAUCUAUAUGGACAAAUAAUUUUUGUUUUAUGCUUCACAAUGAACUCGAUCUUGUGUUGUUAGUAUUACUGGAUGAUGUACGGUAUGAUCGAUAUGAUGUUUGACCUCAAGAAGAUAGUCAUAUUGUCUUCUUAAUUU